UUUGUCCACCCAAUGUGUAAAACAAUAUUUCACCAUUUUGGAAAGUAAACUUAGUUGUUUUUUUACUGUUACGUGAGAAGAUCGGCACCGCUCUCACAUCUGUACGUAAAAAUAAGAAGCUACUGGCAUUCGAUGGUUAGCUUAGCUUAGCAUAAAAGCUGGAAAUUUUGUCCAAAAGUAACAAAAUCUACCUGACUCAUGUCACAUGGGCUAGCGCCUUCUAAAAAAAAAAAAAGUAAUUUGAUGUUUUUCACUUUUUAUGCAAAGCUAACCAUCUCCUUGCUUCAGCUUGCAGCAACUGGUUUGCUGGUAGCAGAUCUGUCUCAGUGUACCAUUGUGAUGUGAUAUUCAUAUUUAACUUGGCAGUAUUUUAAACCCACCUAUCUGAAAGGGUAGUUUGAGCUUAAGCACAGUUUUAGGUGUUGUUACUGUAAUCUGAGCUGUUGGAUUGGUCUUUGUGAAUUUAAUGUCAAUGAUUCAUACCCCACCUGCAAACAUAAAGACCUGCAAACACACAGAGCAGGGACAUGUUUGUGCAAAAGACGGUGAACAAGCGUUUCAUCACUUGAGAGUCAACCGGUUUUUUUAAUCUGUGUAUUUUAGAUAAGGUCAGGUCAGCCAUUAUAAAAAUAAAUGAGGUAGUUAUUGUUAUUGGAUCCUGUGGCUGCGAGCUCCCUUCAUAUUAACAGCCACAGUCAACACUGCCCGUACAUGAAUGUCUGAGAAGCUCCACUUAAGCGCAACAACAGACAACAGUAUGUAUUUCCGGUGCCUUAAUACAUGAUCCUCAUGUCGGUAUUUGAACAAUACAUAUUUAAUACUGCCAUAUACAAAAAACUAUAUAGGCCUAUGGGCUAAUGACUAGAAUAUCCUGUCUUACAAUGAAGUUCCACAGUGUGAUGAAAAGUGAAAACUUAUAACCUGACCUGUUCUGGUUUUUGUCCAGCAGAUGGCACUAGUGGGUCAGUGAUGAGCUAAGCAGGCAAAUCACUUGUGUAUCCCAAAAAAAAAAAAGCUCCAGAAACACCACAACUUUUGUUAAGCACAAAGGUACAGUCAUAAAUACUUUAUCAGUCCGUGCUUUGUUGUCUGGACUACCAUUUGAUCAAAUCAUGUCACAUUUUUUGACAAACUGUGGGCCAUAGAGAGGACACUUAAAAUUCUUCAAUUCAUACCAAUUCAUGGAGAGACAAUCAAAAAUGUGUGACACUUUCAUAAGGUUACCAACUACAGUAUUCAGUAGAAAUGAAUGAUUUAAAGCAGGAUCAUGUGCAUAAUAAAGUCUGUAUACACCAUAAUAGAGUAAAUGCGUCCUUGCUGCAACUGCACUUCAACAGGCUAUUAACUGAAUGCUAUUUUUUAUUACUAUCCAUAGCACGCAGCCUUUUAAAAGCCACAUUUGUGCAUAUUUUUUUUUUUAAUGUAAACAAAAAACAGACCAGUUAGGUAUUACUUCACUGGUCCGCACACAUUCUUCAUAUUGGCGCCCAGUUUGCGUCGGACAAGGACGUGCAACUUUUAAGUAAUCUGCAUCUAACCAUGAGGUAGGUCUGUGUGAAUAUUCCCCAUGAGCUGGUUUCCUAAAAUGCACCACAGAUAUUCAGAUGUGCAUGAGAUGGGAGAUUAUGUGGUGGAUUCGAGAGGACACCAUGAAGCUCUCUUUUUAUAAAUUUACACCAUAAUAAACAAUUUAUAACAACAGACGCAGUGAGCCAUAGUUUAUGUAAUCAUAAUAAUAACCUAAUUGGGCUAUAUCUCUAUUGUGAGACGGUGUGCACUGUAAAAACAUUUAUACUCCCGUGACAGUGCGCACACCCUCCCUUCGCUCUGUCCCUCUUGACUUGGUGACAGACCUAAAAGCCUUUUGUUGCAAUCUUAGCCAAUGGAGAUGGAUUACGACACCGGGCAGCUGAGAUAUAUAAAGAGCCCCUUUUUGACCGCACUUGCACAUUUUUCAGUGACACUUCUGAACACUCACACACCUCCAUGGACUAAAUUGUACAGAAGACCCCCAAAACAACCAUUAUAGUACACGUGAGCGGGCUAUGCAUUAACCAGACAAAUAAUUUGUUAACUUUCAAUCAACAACAGCCCGUGCGACACACACUGGGACGUACUUUUUUCUUUUUUUUUCUUUUUUCUUUUUUUAUCUUUGGAAAAUUUAUUGCAACAUUUCCCGCUGCGAAAAAAAAGCAACUUCGGGGUGAUCGAUUUGGAUUAGAUGCAUGUCACUGAUUGCCUGCCUUUUGUAGGAUAAGGCAAGGAGCGGCGCACAUCCGAGAGAGGGAAUAUAACGGGCUAAAGCGAGUACAAAAAGCAAGAAACAGACAGAAAAAAGUUGCUUUGCCUGGUGUCAACGCAUCGUCAUGCCGAGGUACAACUUCUUACUGUGCUUGAUGGUGCUCAUCUCCCUGGGACAGUCGGGGAGCGAUGAGCCCAAUCUGCUGCUGCCCUCUGCCAGCGAGACGCCCACGGAUGCCGGGCUGUCCCUGCUGGACGAGGACGCCGGUUCCCACGAGUGUUCAGCCUGUGUUUGGAGGGAGCAGAGCAAAGUGCUGAGACUGGAGACCAUCAAGUCCCAGAUCCUGAGCAAACUGCGUCUGAAGCAGGCGCCCAACAUCAGCCGGGAGGUGGUUAAUCAGCUGCUGCCCAAGGCGCCUCCUCUCCAGCAGCUCCUGGACCAUCAUGACUUCCAGGGAGACGCGUCGUCCCAGGAUGAGUUUAUGGAGGAGGAUGAGUACCACGCCACCACGGAGUCCGUGAUCACCAUGGCCUCUGAGCCGGAGCCCUUGGUGCAGGUGAAUGGGAAGCCAAGCUGCUGCUUCUUCAAGUUCAGUCCCAAGCUGAUGUUCACCAAGGUGCUGAAGGCCCAGCUGUGGGUGUACCUGCGACCGCUGCAGCAGACCUCCACAGUCUAUCUGCAGAUCCUCCGGCUGAAGCCCGUCACGGAGCAGGGCAGCCGCCACAUCCGCAUCCGCUCCCUGAAGAUAGAGCUCAACUCCAGGGUCGGCCACUGGCAAAGUAUUGACUUUAAGCAUGUGUUGCAAAACUGGUUUAAACAGCCGCACACCAACUGGGGAAUCGACAUCAAUGCCUUUGACGAGAGCGGCAAUGACCUGGCAGUAACUUCGCUGCGAUCCGGGGAGGAGGGGCUGCCAUUCCUGGAAGUGAAGGUUCUAGAGACGACCAAACGUUCUCGGAGAAACCUUGGCCUGGACUGCGACGAGCACUCUACCGAGUCCCGCUGUUGUCGCUACCCUCUCACUGUGGAUUUCGAGGCGUUCGGCUGGGACUGGAUCAUUGCCCCUAAACGCUACAAAGCCAAUUAUUGCUCUGGCCAGUGCGAGUACAUGUUCAUGCAAAAAUACCCACACACCCACCUGGUGCAGCACGCCAACCCCCGAGGCUCCGCAGGGCCCUGCUGCACCCCAACUAAGAUGUCCCCCAUUAACAUGCUCUAUUUCAAUGACAAGCAGCAGAUCAUUCACGGCAAAAUCCCAGGGAUGGUUGUGGAUAGAUGCGGCUGCUCUUAGGCUGCAGGGGAGAUGCACACUUGUGUACAGCCACCAUCACAUCAAAUCACCCGAAAUCCUUAUGGAGCUCUCCCCUGGCACAAGAAUCCACUCCACAGCACCAGAUUUCACUUUUGCUCAACCACAAAAUCAUCUCACUGGGUUUCCAUUUUUCCAGUAAUUAAAUUGACUAACUGUAAAAAAAUAAAAAAUAAAAAAAUAAAAAAAAUAAAAAAAAAAUAAUAAAAUUUAAAAAAAAGUUAUAAAUGAAACAUAAAUCAAAAAAAGGACUGAGUGAUGGGAAUAUAGUACAUUAUGAAUGAUUUAAAGAAGUUGUCUUUGUGGAGCAGCUUCAGAAAACAGUAAAUGAGACAAAACUAUGUUAAAGAGUACAUGUUGGUUUUGUGGGUUUUAAAGAUUUUUUUUAAAAUGGCAUCUUUGUGAAAAUAUCCAGGUUAGUGGAUUGAGAUUACCGAAGACAUAAGCAUUUACAAUAUUUUAAAAGCAAUUUCAGUCCUAAGGUGAUUUUGGAAAUACCCAAUUUCAUAGACACGCUUACUUACAGGUGAGAUUUGAUCCACAAAAAUGUUUGCAAGGGGGCAUGAUCAGAAUUAUUUUGCAGUCCUUCAGUUUAACAAAAAGAACAAUAUCCAUACCGAUGUGAUGAAGGCUUACUGUUUAAAUGAAAUAGUAUAGCAUAAUUCCAAAAUUUUGUUUACGGAUGUUUAGAGAUGUGCUCUAGAGAUGUAAAGUGUUGAAGAGAUUUAAAACCAAACCUAUACCUUCUAUUAAUGUAUAACACCCCAGUGUGACAUUCUUGAGUAUCUACAAAACCUUUCACAGUUACUUUGAUCUUUGUUUAUGUGUAGUCUUGUAAAACUCAAAAAGGAAAUGGGAGAGAAGUGAAGAGGUUAUACUACAGUAUUUUGACUCAUUCACUCAACCUGUCUUUCGAGGUGGAUAAAUACAGGCAGUAUAGCUGAUUCUACCAUUCUGCAAAGGAAGAUAAUUCAGAUUUAGGUUUCAUUUGCACAAGUGUAAAACCAUACUGUAGAUAAAAUCUGAAGUCAUUUGGCGAAGACUGGGAGAGGGCAAGCAGGGUCCUGCAGGAUGACAAGAACCCAACAGAUUUCUCUGUAACAAAGGCAAAUACAUUUUAACUUUACAUUAAAUGUUUAAAGCAGUUAAGUAAAUGCACUGUUUUGUAACUUGAAGAGGCCUGGGACUGAACUUGUAAUAACAAACAGAAAGAAAGAAGAAUCCAUACCCUGAAACAAAACAUUCAAGACUGUCAGUAUGCUCAAAUGUUCACUCUGUUGUGAAUUAUUGAACUGAAAAUAGCACAAAUAUCACUUGAAGCUUACACUCUCAUAUCUGCAACAGUGUUCACAUCUGUCUGAAAAACACACAUAAAUUAAGAAAGAUCAGUAGCUUCAUUGCUUGUGUAAAGCCAGUUCAUUCACUUUUUCACAGCACUACAGCUGUCCUUUCAGAAACCAUUAAAACAGAAAUGCACAAUCCUUUAACUGUAGUACUGCAUUCAGAAAUAAUAUCCACAUAAACCACAUAACGUGAAGAAAAUAUGAGAAUGUAACUCAACCGCUGACUUUAGAAAACAUGUUUGAUUGCAUUUUGAAAUGCCCCCAUCCACCUCAACUGUAUUGUCAUUAUCAUAACAGAGAAAAUAUUGUUAGUGCUUGAACACAGAGUAGAUUAGUACGUUUGAAAUCUGUCUUCAUCUCCUGGAUGUCAAAGCAAAGAUAUCCUUUUGUUGUAAACGAAAGCACUAUGCUGUUGGAUAAAGGAAGAGCCUUCUGACAUUAUAUAUAAAUGAUAUAUGUAUAUAUUUAAAAAAAAAAAAAAAAGGGGUACAAAAACCUUUUUUGGGGCACUCUACCUUACCAACAAUAAAUUUUGCACUAUGGGACGUUCAUGGCGUGAGGAGGUAAAGUGUUGUUUGUGUUUUACCAAGCACAAGAGAGCUUGUACAAUAUAGGAGUAAAAAAAUAUUCAAGCUUCUGGUGAUCAACCAUAAACUAGAAAGGUUAUCACUUCUUUUUGAUACCAUCACGCUUUCCUGACUUUUGUCUGAAGCGGGGGCCUGUCCAUACACUCACACACUUCUAUCAAAUCUGGAACCUGGACGUACUGUACCAGUGGCCUGAAAGGCCUCCUUGCCCAUUUUGGGUGAUAAGUCAUGUGUAUAAAAAGUGUCUGGAUCAAUGAACAUAGAAUGCUUUAACUGGAAAUGGCCCACCCACCAACAGCUAAUCUGUUACCAUGUUAGAGCGACUACGUCCUUUUGACUUCAACAAGGUGUCAACUGUCUUGCGUAGACAUGAUUUCGCCUUUGUGUGUAUUUUAAGUGAAAGCACCCAUGUGAGUAUGGGAGGAGUAUCCAGGGAUUGUUAGCCAAAGUAGAGGAUGACAUGUUGUGUGCUGUAAUUUUUGUGAUCGCAGGAAUAUGCUAGAACAUUUCAAAGGGAGGAAAAAGUUUGUUUAGAGGCAGUGGUUGGAAAUAAUUCAACUGGUCAAUUGUCUAUUUAUUAAUAUUAAUUACAAUGCAUUUCAAAGUCUUUCUACCUCACUUUAGCCUUCUAAAACCCUUGCUUUUUUUUUUUUUAAUUUGUCAUCGAUUAAUCUGUGCAAACAUUUAACUCAUUAGACCCCACCCCCACCCCACCCCACCCCAAAAAAUGUAGAUAAAAACCACAGGGUCCCCUUGCUCUCAGGUUCAGAUUGAGUUAUUGACAGAGUGACUGAUGGUAGUGGCUCUGGUAAUGUGUGGUCAAAAGAAAUAAUUAGCUGUGCCCACAGCUAUGGCUUGUUGCAUUUUGAAUUUUAGUGUUUGUAUACUGGUAUGUGUGAGAGUGUUUUCAUAUAAAUAUAUGAGAGUAAGAAUUCUCUAUGUAAAUACCUACCCAAAUGUUGACAUUUAUCAUUUAUGAUGUUUUGGACAGGUUCACCGCUUCUAAUGUUCACCCCCUUCCCCAGCCCCCCCACCCUAUUCCUCCAUUCUUUGUGUAGUUUAAAAAAUAAAUCACCCCAACUCUGUAGUUUAAUGGUUGUGCAUAUGAAUAACUGUUCAAUUGUUAUUUUUGUCUUUUGUUGGU